UUCGCUGUGGAGUUGCUCGAGAACCAGUACCACUUGAUCGGUCCUGUCGGCGACCCGAGGAAGCCGAACGGCUGUUCCUUCGAUUGCAGAGGUCGCGCGUCGGAGGACACCCCGACGAAGAGACGCGUCAGUGAGCGCGAAGCCGACGCAGCGUGUCGUCGCAGACACUCUCCCGCGAGAAACGGGAGACCACGUCGGAGUCCACCGUCGCGCGAACGUGCUUCGAGAGACACCACUCUGGACGACGACCUUGACGAAGAUCUCUCGACGGAGGAAAUUCUGCAUUCGACCGCGAAAUUAUCGGACGACGGUGCUCACCGCGACGAGCUUCUCGAUGCCACCGAGAAUUCUAGGAUGCGCGAAGCGGAGCAUGCGAGGGCGAUCGCUGGGCCUUCCGGCGUGCUGGCAAGGGCGACUCCGGCGAGGAAAACGCGACCGGAGGAUAGAGAAGAGCCUCAUCCACGACGCGCAGAUGAAAAUCACGACGAAGAGAUCAGCGCGGGGGAGGAGGAGGAGGGGGAGGAGGAUCUAGACUGCACCUGCGUCGCUGAAGAGGCGCGAGCGAGGAAACGACCUCGAGAUCGCCACCCUCGCGUCGCCACCGGAGACCGUCAGCGGGACAAACGUCGUCGCAGAAACGAAGAGGAGGAGGAAGACGCGGAAGACCGCGUGUACAGGAGGCUGAGGCGACAUCCAGGUCGGAGGUCCGCGACGCGCGAGAGAGAGCUGAAGAGGUGGAUCCGACGGUGCCGCGAGGAGUGCGAGCGACGAAGAGCACGACAACGCUAGUCAUGAGAAACUUGGCAUGGUCUAUAAACGUUAAUUAUAUAUACAGGGUGUCCCGAAAAAAUGUGCAUACACUUGGAAUGAUUGUAGUCAGCGUUUGUUAACAUACGGUUCAUUUUCAAAAUUUACAAAUUUAGACGAAAUCCACAGAAACGGAUAAUUUCUUUUUUUUCCUCAAUGCCUGUUUCAAACUGAUGACCGUUCUGGCCCAGGCACUGCGGAUAACGCGAUGCUGUUGUACUGUGUAUACAUUUUUCGGAGACACCCUAUAUGUAAGUAAAAAAUACACGUAUAUAAUUUUAAGUGCCUGUUGCAUCGAGAAAAGAUGAAUGUCAAUACAAAACUCAUAUCGUCAUAUAGAAAUAUUAUUAUACAACUCGGUUUUUAU